CUGAUUAAACGCGCGCACGCCGCGCAACUAAAUAUAAAUUUUUUGUACACGUAUACACAAACAAAAGCGCCUUGGCGCGCUCUCUUUUCUAUCUUCUGUACCUCCUACAUUCUCUCCUCGAUCUCCAGCUUUGGAGAGUCUUAAAAACGGAGGGCAAGUAUAUUUUUUUAAAGAGAUAUACACACGUGUCACAAGUAAUUGCAGACUACGUCGCGUGCAUGAUGGCAGAUACUGUGAACAAGCUGGUCGACCAGGCCGUGGAAAACAUCACCGAGAGCGUGGCUAAUGCGACCGCUAAAAGUGUGCCACCGACGGCCGCGGGUAUGGCCAUCGCCUACGGCAGUCUCGUCGUUAUGGCGAUACUGCCCAUCUUUUUCGGCAGCCACCGGUCCGUCAGGCAUCACCGGGAGCAGAAGGAACACUUUGAAAUCAGUGGAGAGAAGCCAGAGACUAUGAGUCGCAAGGAUGCUGCGAUGUUUCCGCUCAUCUCCAGUGUUGCACUCUUUGGACUCUACAUAUUUUUCCAGUUAUUUUCCAAGGAGUACAUCAACCUCUUGCUGACUGGAUAUUUUUUUUUCCUCGGCAUUUUGGCUCUUUGCCAUCUCUCGAGUCCUCUCAUAACUUCCCUGGUACCGGCUGCCAUUCCCAAAACUCAGUACCAUCUGCAUCUCACUGAGGACAGCGAGGAUAUUAUUAAUUAUAAAUUCAAUCUUCACGACAUAGUCUGUUUGAUAUGUUGUUCCAUGGUUGGUGCUUGGUAUUUGUGGGAAAAGCACUGGAUUGCGAACAAUCUGUUGGGAAUAGCAUUUGCAAUCAACGGUGUUGAACUUUUGCACUUAAAUAACGUUGUAACGGGGUGUAUAUUGCUGUGUGGACUUUUUGUGUAUGAUAUAUUUUGGGUUUUUGGUACAAAUGUGAUGGUUACAGUGGCCAGGUCGUUUGAAGCUCCGAUCAAGCUGGUAUUUCCUCAAGACUUACUGGAACAGGGUCUUCACGGCACAAAGUUUGCCAUGCUAGGAUUAGGUGACAUUGUUGUACCUGGAAUUUUCAUUGCCUUGUUACUCAGGUUUGAUCACAGUCUCAAGAGGAAAGCAAACACCUAUUUUUAUUCGACCUUCUUUGCCUACUUCAUGGGAUUGCUCGUCACGUUGCUCUUCAUGCAGCUUUUCAAUCAUGCUCAACCGGCACUAUUAUAUUUGGUUCCUGCCUGUUUGGGAACUCCUCUGUGUGUUGCCAUUUUCAAGGGCGAUUUGAAGGCAUUGUUUUCAUAUGAGGAUCAUCCGUCUGAUACUGAUACUGACACGAAAACAGAGACAACACAAAUAGACGGCAAAAAAGAAAAAUAAUAAAAGACGUUUUUGUAUUCAAAAUGAACGUGAUAAUAAUGCAGGAAACGUUGAUACGAAAAAAUAUGGGUAUGUGACGACGUUUCGUGCCCGAAAAAGACUCUCAGAAAAGUGAGAACUCUAAUGAAAUUUUGUACAUUGGUUAAAAAAUGUACUAAUGUUACCCUUUGUGUAUAAUUUUCAGUUGUUUUUUUUUCUUCUACCUUCUUUACGUUUCAAUUUCUAUAGAAUAUUUAUAUUGAGCCGUUUUUUUUUAAAGUUUUUACAAGCGAAAAAUUUUGUGUAUGUAUAUAUUGAAGUGUAAAACAUUUAAUGUUAUAAUUGCGUCUUAUGUACACGAAUCAAGUUUAAAGAGAAUAGGUAUAGUGUAUUUGACAAUUUUUUCAGCAUCAAACGCUUAAAUUGAGUAUUUUCAAUUGAUAAGAUGAACUGAUCCCAACUUUUGAUGCAUAUAAAAAUCAUUCCAGCCUUACUAAACGCCUUUGGCUUAGGCGAAUAUAUUCAUGCAAUCUGACAUCCAAAACAUUUACUUUUACUCCUUUACAUGAUAGUAAAGCAAAUCGAAACGAUAUUUUAAGAUAUCUCCAAAUAUUUUAAAAAUUGGUUCUAGAAAAAUUAUAAAACAAUUUUUAUUAACGAUGUAUAGAAAAUUUUCUUAGUGAUUGCAUAUUUAGUUUGUUAUUUUCUACAGAAUAAUCACGAAAAGUAAUUCUUGAUAUAAUACAGGACUAAUUAAGAAUUCUUAAGAUUUUGGAUGAGACAAUACGUUUUUUAAAAAAGUUUUCUAUUAUAUUAUUUGUGAUAACAAAGAGCUUAGAUUGAACAUUUUAUAAAACAA